AUGUAUCAACUGCGAACACAGCUGCUUGGCGAAGCUUUCGCUGCUGGCAGAAGAAGUAGUACAUAUCGCCAAACAUCGCCGUCUUCAGCUUCGCAUCGCAGUCAGAAUGAAUCCGAUACCGAUGUCGCCAUAGAUCCGAGCCUUACACCGAAUUUGGGCUCGGAAAGCACACCCGAAAACUCUUCUAGUGAACCAAGUAGUAGCAAAUCCGCACCUUUAGAUAUCAGCAAUAACGAUGGGCACCAGAGUGACAAUAUAGACGAGGCUGAAGGAUUGGAGGACUAUGAAGAAGAAUUCCAACGCCAUGACGAGCCACCCAUAAAAUGGUGGUUCGCAGCAAAGGGGAUCCCGUUGAUUGCUGCUACCGUAGGGCCGCUGGCGAAUCUUACAUCUGUAGCUGCACUGGUUAGUCCCUGGCGCGCAGACCUUAUGCUCGAAGGGGACCAUCCUUAUGACCAACGAUAUGAUCUGCCGUUUCCAGAUCCCAGAUGGGCAAUCGGCAUAAACGCAGCUUCCCUUGUAUUCGGGUUCAUAGGAAAUUUCUUCCUCAUGUGCAAUUAUUCUAGACGUAUCCGUUAUGCUGUUGCCAUGCCUUUCACGAUAAUCUGCUGGUUCAUUGCCUUUGGUCUACUCUCUAGCAUUUUAGCGGCUUUACAUGUCUACGCCCGCCCGGUUAGUCCGGGGCAGAUAUACACCCAGGCAUUCUGGUUUGGUGUGAUAUCAGCCAGUUUAUACCUUUUCUCUGCUUCGAUUCUUUUUAUUAAUAUUGCGGGUUUUUUGAAGAAACAUUAUCCAGCACAUAUAGAGUCCUCGAGAGCGGAAAAGAACUUGAUGUUGCAGACGAUAUUCUUUUUCUUGUGGAUGGGGAUUGGGGCGUUGGUGUUUUCCAAGGUUGAAGGGUGGAGUUAUUCUGAUGCGGUAUAUUUUUGUAAUGUUACAUUGUUAACUGUUGGGUUUGGAGAUAUUGCUGCGACAUCUGAUGCUGCGAGGGGGAUAGUCUUUCCGUUCUCUGUGGUUGGUAUCAUCAUGCUUGGUCUUGUAGUUAACAGUAUCCACGGAUUCGUCAUUGAGAUUGGUGAAAAGCAAGUAGUCGAGCAGCAUAUUACCAACCGUCGCCGAGACGUCGCAAACCGUGCCGUUGCCGUCUCCUCAGAACUCGACCGCGACGACCCAUCCCUCGCUCAUUUCCAAACCCCAAUUACAUCCCCGAUAUCCCCCACCGGCACCACCGUCCACCGUCGAACCACUGAUAGUAGUAUAAAAUCUGAAACCAUUCCUCUCCGCCACUCCGGCAGCCUCCGCCACAUCCCCCAACAAAUCUUCACCGCCUUCACCAGUAAACGUCGAUCCCGCCCCAUCCUCCUCCGCGCCUCUCGUGACCGUUUCGAAGCCAUGCGAAGAAUCCAACGUCACACUUUAAAAUUCAAGAAAUGGACAGCACUAGUCUCCUCCACCGUCGCAUUUCUAACUCUCUGGCUCCUAGGCGCCGUAAUUUUCAUGAUUGCAGAAAAGGAUACACAAGGAUUAACCUAUUUCCAAGCAUUAUACUUUUGUUACGUAUCAUUACUCACGAUAGGAUACGGCGAUCUAAGUCCUCGGAGUAAUGCCGGAAAAGCCUUUUUUUUAUUGUGGAGUAUAUGGUCCGUACCUACUAUCACGAUAUUGAUAUCUAGUAUGGGAUCCACUGUUAUUGAAAAUUUCCAGAAUGCGACGUUGAGGUUGGCGGAGUUUACGAUUCUACCGAAGGAAGGGAUUAGGAAGAGUUUGAAGGAAAUGUGGAGGAAUCGGAAGGCUAGGAGGAAAGAGGAAAGGUUGAGGAAAGAAAGAUUGAGGAAUCCUAGUUUGGCUACUAAUACCAGCCAUAGCGGUGGUAAUGGUGGUAUCGCAAGGAGGGGUUCUAGAGCUAUUUCAUCCGGUGAUAAUGGUUUAUUACCACCAUUAGUUCGAAUGCCAACAUUAAAAGAAGUAAAAACCCAAGAUCGAGAUUCUACCCUCUCCUCGCACCGGGGCCCUCCAAUCCCAAUCCCAAUCCCAACCUUCGCCCUCAACGACUCCGACAUCGAAGAACAAAGACUCGAAGACAACCAACAACAACAAUCACCAUCAAUCCGUCCGGAACUCCUCGAAAAGCCAAAACCACUACCGGAAGACUAUACCUUCCAAGAACUGCUAGCAGCAUUGACGGCCGCAAUAAGAGAUGUGGGGCGACAAGUCGCCACGGACCCAAAAAGGGCGUACGAAUACACCGAAUGGGUUGAAUUUACAAGAUUAAUCCGAGCUUGUGAGUUGGUAAAACCGCAGAAGUUGAAAGGGUUGAAACCUGGAGAGGAGAUUUUGAGGGAACAUAUUGAUAAUGAUGAGGGGUUUGUGCUUUGGGAUUGGAUUGGCGAAGACAGUCCACUCCUCUACGAAGGUAGUGAACCAGCAUGGGUACAAGACCGUCUCACAAAAGGUCUUGAAGAUCUAGUAACAGAGCAUUUAAAGAAUAUUUCCUUAGAUGUUCCAAAAUAA